GAGUGAGAGUUGAAGGGUUCAGAGAAUGAGAAUUUUUAAGGUUGUAUUUGUGUUGCUUUGCGCGUUGUUUUCCUCUUGUAACCAAUUAAAAUUCAAAGUUGAAGGAAGAGCAUCAUCAUCUUUAGAAAGAGAAAUUGAAGCCAAACUGAAGCUCCUUAACAAACCUGCGGUAAAAACAAUUAAGAGUGAAGAUGGAGAUAUUAUUGACUGCAUCAACAUUUACAAACAACAUGCUUUCAACCAUCCUGCAUUGAAGUACCACACCAUUCAGAAAGUCCCUGAUUUCCUUCUAGAUUCCCAUAACUCUAGCACAUUUCAAGUGUUCCAAACAUGGCAGAAAAGUGGAAGCUGUCCAGAAGGAACUGUUCCCAUUCGCCGAAUUCGAAAAGAGGACUUACUAAGAGCAACUUCUUUGGAACUCUUUGGUCGAAAACCCCCAAUACAUUUCAUAAAUUCAACAAACACCACAAACUCUAAUUCCCAUGAAUUCAAUGGCUCCAACACAUACAUUCCAGAAAAUCGCUCGCAAACAUAUCUUUUUACAGUGGGAUACAAUUACAUAGGUGCAGAAGCAGAUAUUAACGUUUGGAAUCCAAGUGUUGAUCUACCAAAUGAUUACACCACUGCUCAAAUUUGGCUUUUGGCUAACAAUGGUCCUCAGUUUUUGCAAAGUGUUGAAGCAGGCUGGGUGGUGAAUCCAAAGUUGUAUGGUGAUAAAGCCACUCGAUUGUUUGCUUAUUGGACUACGGAUUCAUACAAGUCAACAGGUUGCUUUGAUGUUACUUGCCCUGGAUUUGUGCAAACAGGGCAAGUAAGUCUUGGUGCUGCCUUAGCCCAUAUUUCAUCCAAACGCGGUCAACAAUAUGAGAUCAACAUUGGAAUGUUUUGGGAUGACUCAGGAAAUUGGUGGCUUAGAGUGGGCCACAAUACGCCUGUGGGUUAUUGGCCUGCGAAAUUAUUCGGUGCUGCUGGGUUGAGCCAUAGUGCAAUAGCGGUUGAGUGGGGUGGACAAGUGUACAGUCCGAUGGUAAAGAAAAGACCACACACAAGAACCGCUAUGGGGAGCGGAGAGAGUGCAGAAAAUCGUUGGGGGAGCGCAUGCUUCAUGCGCAAUUUGAGAAUUAAGGAUUACUCACAACAACUUAAGUACCCUAGUCAUGUAAACACAAACGCUCCAGAACCCUAUUGCUACAAUAUCUUAAAUGAGGCUAAAUAUGGACAAGAACCUAUCUUGUAUUUUGGAGGCCCGGGACAAGCGCCUCCCUAUUGUCCUUGAAUUUCCUUAAAAUAAAAUUAUAUAAAAAUAUUUUUUAUUGAUUAAAAAUAAAAGGUAAAUGCUCUUU